AUGUCAAAAACAGCUGGAUCAAUUCUUGAAGCUACUCUAAAAAGGGACCCUCAUGAGGUUGAAUUCAUUCAGGCCGUCCAGGAUGCAGUUCAAUCCCUUGAGAGAGUCAUAGCAAAAAAUUCUCGUUAUGUUAAUAUCAUGGAGCGCUUGUUGGAACCUGAACGAAUUAUUGUUUUUCGAGUUUCAUGGGUGGAUGAUAGGGGAAAGACACAUGUAAAUCGGGGCUUUAGGGUACAAUUUAACCAGUCAAUGGGUCCAUGUAGGGGUGGUAUUCGUUUUCAUCCAUCAAUGAAUUUAAGUGUUGCCAAGUUCCUUGGUUUUGAACAGACUUUAAAGAAUGCCUUAUCCCCAUACAAAUUGGGAGGAGCAGCUGGUGGAAGUGAUUUUGAUCCAAAAGGAAAAAGUGAUAAUGAGAUUAUGCGAUUUUGCCAAAGUUUCAUGAGUGAGAUGUAUCGCUACCUGGGGCCUGACAAGGACCUCCCAUCCGAGGAAAUAGGUGUUGGAACCCGGGAAAUGGGAUAUCUUUUUGGACAGUAUAGACGUCUAGCUGGACAUUUUCAGAGCACUUGUAGGAGUGACAACCAUGACUUGAGGCCUUUAUCCCAGAAGUUUAUUGUCAUUGUGGCUGCAACUGUUGAUGUAAAGAAGAUCCCCUUGCUACCAUCGUUCCUGAUGCUGGGAAGUUUUACAGGGCCAAGAAUAUUUUGGUCUGGAUCCAGUCUUCGACCUGAAGCUACUGGUUAUGGGCUGGUUUUCUUUGCCCAGAUCAUGCUUGCUGACAUGAAUAAAGAGCUUAAAGGAUUAAGAUGUGUUGUAAGUGGUUCUGGAAAGAUCGCGAUGCAUGUUUUAGAUAAGCUAAUUGCUUAUGGUGCUCUUCCCAUUUCAGUAUCAGAUUCCAGAGGAUAUUUGGUUGAUGAGGAUGGAUUUGACUACAUGAAAAUAGCACUUUUGAGAGACAUCAAAGCUCAGCAAAGAAGUUUGCGAGACUAUUCAAAAACCUAUGCUCGGUCCAAAUAUUAUGAUGAAGCAAAACCGUGGAAUGAAAGGUGUGAUGUUGCAUUUACUUGUGCAUCACAGAAUGAAAUUAAUCAAUCUGAUGCCAUUAAUUUGGUCAAUUCAGGUUGUCGUAUACUAGUUGAAGGUUCAAACAUGCCUUGUACCCCUGAGGCAGUUCAGAUUCUGAGGAAGGCUAGUGUUCUCAUUGCUCCUGCAAUGGCUGCUGGUGCUGGAGGGGUUGUGGCUGGAGAACUUGAACUGAAUCAUGAAUGCAGCUUGAUGCACUGGUCACCAGAGGACUUCGAAUCGAAAUUGCAGGAAGCAAUGAAACAGACUUAUCAGAGAGCUAUCAAAGCUGCAACUGAUUUUGGUUACCAAAAAGAAAGUCCUGAGGCUCUGGUGCAUGGAGCAGUCAUCUCUGCCUUUCUAACCAUUGCUCAAGCCAUGACUGAUCAAGGUUCUGUAUAG